UGGGUUGAACGGGGUAUCAUACAAAUUAAUCGAACUACAGCCAGUGAGGCACACAGGGCUAUUCCUCGCUUUCCCAUAAUGCUUGCGCUUAGCCUGAAGCAUUGUGGGAUUGCAACAUUAGGACGGAAAGUGUAGGAGGUUAAACAAGGCGGCCAGGAAGCGACCAGCCUUUCUCACACGCGGAUUCUCGAGUCGGUGGCAAAUACAGAGAAACAUGGCUUUUACAGACCCCACAGGCUCAAGUCACACGUUUUUAAGGGAUGCAUCGCUACUGUAUCAAGACAUUUGUCCGGAGCAGUCACGUUUUCUCAUGGGGAGACAUCAGAGAAUGAAAGCUCCAGCCAAGUUCCAGCCCAUCCCUGAAGAAGAGCUCUGUCCCUUCUGUUUCCAGUGGCGUCGCCCAGACAACCACCGCAUGCGGCUGCAUCCCAAGCGGCGUGCAUCAGUGAGGGUGCAGAGCGUGUUGCGGAGGGAGGGCAAGGGCAUGAGGCUCAGCCUGGCUCAGAUGGACAUCUUACGGAGGUUCAGGGGCUCCUCAUCAGCUCUGGUGGUUACAUGCCACACCUGUAACAGCACGUCCAAGCAUAACGGCGUCAACAGGAACUUCAUAGCCACUCUCUCCAAGAGCCACUGCACCCCCUGGAGCGCAGGCAAACACAAGACUCCCCAGUCCACCAACAGAACCAACGCCAUGGGCAUCCCAAAGUCUGCCUCCAAACACAAGACUCCCCAGUCCACCAACAGAACCAACGCCUCCAAAGACAAGACGCCCUGCAGUACGCCAAGGUCAACCUCUAAGACCCCCGGUUCCUCCUCGGCCUCAAAGCCCGCAAGUGUGCAGAAGUUGGCCUUCUCCCGCCUCAAGAGGUUCCUCAUGCUGGAGGACAACCAAAAGACCAAGACCAAGGGAGGACUCAAAGAUUUCCUCUCCUCCCUCUGAAUGACUGACAAACACUGGGCUCCGUUGCAUGGGCCCAAGAGUCAGCCAUGACACUGAACCAGUCUCUCUCUGGCCUGCUUAGAAUGGUCCUGCUGGAAUUCAGAACAACAAGGCUAUAGGGGGGAGGAGUCGGCUGUCAGUCAAUAAGCGCCACAGCGCCACCUGUUGAGAGAAUUAAAGGGGCAUGUUAUUUUUCUUCUUCACAUGCCACCCCCCAACUGCCCCUGAGGUCCCCCUUCUGUAGAGCUGUCCCAACUGGGAAUGGUCCCACAUCACUCAGGAAUUCCACUGUCCCAAUUGGAUGGUGGGAGUGGCAUCGGAUGGCAAAGCUCACCCCUCUCUUCCAUGGCAUUUAUGAUGAGGCAAGCAAAAUAAAUUGUUUGGAGUUAUAGGAUGUUUUGAUUUGAGAGGGUGAUUUUUAUUUGUUACAAUCACAUUUAUGAUAAAUAGGACUUAGUUAAUGCUUGAGUUUCAUACUACUUUAUUACUUGGUUGUUGUCCUCUGGUUUUCAUUUUUUUCUGGGUUUAUUUUGGGGAACUCCACAGGGCAUGUCUUCUUGAAACUGUCCCUCUUGUUAGAUCACCAGCCAGGUAGGGCUGAUCAUUUGUUACCAUCUUAUGAUCACUGUGCCAAACACAUGUUUGUUUACUGAUGGUUUUGAGAAUCAUAUUUGGGUGAAUCGGACACAGGCGAUAGGCCUGAAACUUGUGAUGCGAUUUAACUACAUUUUAAUUUUAUUUUACAGUAGUUCUGUUUCUUUAUAUUGAUGGUUUUCAUUUUUUACCUGUUAGUAAGUUCAUAUUCACAAUACUAUUAGACUGCAUGUUGUAAUGGCUGCUUUGAUCCAACACAAUUUAUAACAAAGAUUUUCUUUGGUUGUAAUUAAUCCAAUGUGUGGGUCUGUAUCAUUGCAUAUAAUCCUGAAUUACCUCACAUUUAUAUUCCUUUGCUUUGCUUCUCUGAAAUAAACUUUCUCAAUUGAAAUA